AGUUAACUAGUACUGGAAACGGAGACGACCCAGGGGCAUAUGAAUUUCAAGUUGACCCGCGAAGUUAUCAUUCGUCUCCCUCCACUAUCGAUAUCUGGAUCGACCGUAGGGUGUCCCCCACCAUGACCAGAGAUGACAGCAUUGCUGGUGCAGCUGUCGAGGAAGGAGAGUCAGAGUUUGUGCGUGUGGCUUGUGCUGCUGCAUUGCGCAACGAUGGCGAAACUGUGCGAAAAGAACUGCAGUGCUCUCAAUCGCCCACCGUAGUCAGUUCUCUACAUUCGCCGCUCUUGAAGAGCACUGCCAAUGCCCAACUCUUGCACCAACGGCUCUUUUCGGGGUUCGAUUCCUCUUUCCAGCAAGUCAACGUGGAUUCAGUACUGCGAUCCCUAUUGAUGAUUCCUCCGGCAUAUGAAACACCCUGGGAAGCAACAUUGGCAAUGGUCACGUACCUGCAAUCCACCAAUGACGAUAGGGAUAUCACAAGGGACGCUUCAGCACCUACUGGUAGAAAGAAACCUCAUUCAUCCUUGCUGCGAUCUGCCACUAUUGAAAUCCAGAGCUUUUUGCAACAAACCGUAGCAUCCUGGUGGGAAAGGGAAAGACGAUUGGGGCAUGCUACCAAUACUCAGAGUGCUAUUGGUAGCAAUUCGACACCAACCACCGACCAAACGCCUCGCACAUGUAUAUUGAAGAUUGUCAAGCAGUUGACGCUGCCACUACUCUCUACUGACAUUGGAUGCACAACCAUACCCAAUAAUGAUUGUUCCAAAAACAAGCAACGACGAGAAAAUGACGACAAUUUUUGGAUGAUGCCAUCAUUGGAAAUGAUCACCACGAUGGUCUCUAUUUUGCAAGGAAUGGACGAUACUUUGCAUCAAGAAAUUCUGGAUUGCGUCUUUCCAGCCACAAUUCGACCCGAUCGAUUGCUGCCAUGGCUCGGCUUGGCCACUGAUCUGCACCCUUUUCUUCGCCCUGAUGACUGGGAUACCCUACUCAACAAUCUGAAACGGCAAGACUUUACACACUUUGAACUACAAGAUCUACCUGGACUCAUGACAGCAGUCCUGUCGCUGACAAAUGCGCUCGUUUCCAAUAGCGUCUAUAAUGAUGGAAAAGAGACCAUCUCAAGUGAGCGACAAAAGCUGUUGGCGUUGAAAAGAGUGGCGCUGGAUUUGCUUCAUUCCGCUGCUAUAGACCUGGCCACCUUUAAUACAGUAACGGCGGUGUUCCAUCAGGGGGUAGCAAACAGUACCAUUACGGGUGAUUGGAUGGACAUGGAUGAUGAGCAAGACGAGGUGGGUGAGUCUACUACACCACGGUGGGUCAAAGCCAACAUGAUGCUGGCAAUGCUAGCAGCAACUAGAAAGUCAGGUUCCUCCGUGCUGGAUAAUCUGCUCUCACGGGCAUUAGCACAUGCGAAGAAAAGGCCACGGCGAUCCAUAACGGGGGUAGAGGGUGGGUGGCGUAUACUGGUGUCAUUGGCAAUGGGGGGAAACGAAAAGCGACACACUAAAGUCAGAAACGAAAAGGCAGUCAAUGGUUCAUGGUUGAAACAAGUGCAACGCAUGUUCAAGGGGGUUUGCUAUUUGGGAAACGGACACUUUCAGCGCAACAAUGGGCAGCAACAUCAGGCUAAUUCACUGCUCAAUAACAUGGGUCGACUUGUCUACCAGAGUCUAUUCUUAGUGCAUGACGGUGAUGAAUCUCAGGAAGGCUUGAAGACAUCUCAGGCUGCACUCGUUGCGGAACGGGCACAGGAUUGGAUCAACGCUGCAAACAGCAAAAUGAAUUCCAAUCAAGGCGAACUGGAGGCAGAUGAAGUGGCGCUAGUGGCAGUGACAUUUAUCGUUACCUUUGGGGAGGUGCCGUUGUCGAGAUUAUUUGUACUGAGGGGCAUGGUUCAGGCAAUUUCAGGGGAAGCAAACUUCCAACAUUCAAAGACUGAUAUUGCGCUCUUGAACUGCCUCAUCCUAUCCACCAUUGUCGGGCACAAGAAUACCCUCCAGUCUGAAUGGACACCGAUUGUAGACGUUGUCGCAGCAGGAAAGUUACCCAGGGAGGUCUUUUGUGCCCUGUUGCCUGCCAUUGUAAAGACAUCCACGAAAGCCCAAGGAGCAGUCCUGUCGGUGACGAGAAAAUUCAUUUAUUUGCCAACUCAUGCCGCCACAUGGGGACUGCAGUCCAUGGAUGCGAGUCGCGAUCGCAUUCAAUGCGGUCUGUUUGGCUUGUGUGUCUUGGUCACCAUGUCCGAGGAGAACGAUUGCUCAGCAGACGCUUGGAAGAUCCUGUCUGAGAUCAUUGUUUCCAACAGUCCUCCAUUUCCAGUGGCAGCACGGACGUGGUUGUUCCGUCUACUCGAAGAUGUUGUGGAGUCAUGGGAGUGCUGCUCUCAGCGAGUCACUGGUCGCCUUUUCAGAGCAUGUUUGGUGCACUUGCUCUCUUUCAUGGCAAAAAACGAUGUAUUCAACAAAAUGUGCAUUUGUCCUCGUUCUGUGUUCACCCUCUGGAGUCUCUCCGAUUCCCUCACAGUUCGUGCAAAGGCGAAUGAGGAUUUGCCCGGGUUGCUGAAGUUGGCCUCGUGCCUUUUCUUUCGAACGCUGCAGAAUGAAGAUGGCUUGAGAAACAUCAAGACAGUUGGCAUCCUAUGGUCCGCGAUGCUUGAGUGCUGUCGACCCAACACGACAUCUACGGUGGAGGCGCCUCACAUGGUUCAUACGGAUGACGACAAGAGUUCGCGUCAAUUGUACUGCAAACUAUUUGUGUGCAUAAUGAUUUCCUUGGCCGAUUUUGCUUUGAGAGGUAUCUCCAGUUACUCCAGUCAGGCGGUCUGUGACAAGAACGUUCCGCAGCUGUUCAACUUCGAGGUUGAAGGGAUGAGAUCACAGCUUGCAACUCUCGAGCUUGCGUCCAUCCAACCAGGACAUGAACAACCACGUUGGAUUCAUGGUACUUCGGUCAGCAACAAUGAGCUAGUUGGCGCGAGGUCAUCGGCGUUGCCCCACGAUGCCCUCGAAUCUUUGGCACUGUCGCUUUGUGACUCGCUUGCACUUUUCAUGAGAGACCGCAGAUGGCAUUUGGCCGUAACCAAUUACAACCUCUACCCUGACAGGACACGCCAAAAUUUCCUGCUGAGUUUACAUGGCAUCCACAGAGCCAGAAAGGCUUUGCUACGAUAUGCGGCGGCUGGUGCUAGCAAUGAUCACUUCCAUCGGGAUAUCAAGUCCAUUCUUGCAGACAGUGGCAGUUUGAUCGCUGAUGCAGCUGUCUACAUUGAAUCCAACGUGACUUCAAACGGGGACUUUUCUGAGACAAUGGAUGGGCUCGAAGUUUUGACAGUUCACUUGGACUCUUUGAAGAUUGCUCUUACUGCGGACGCUGGGGCUGGGGAGCAUCAAUCUCUUCAGCUGGAUUCGUCGUCUCUACUUUUCGGCUUGUGGCAGUUUUACACCAGGGUGUGCAGCGAGGCUGCUUCCGUUCGUCUCAUUUCAUAUUUUGAGCAUGUGACGAGUGACGGCGAACUAUCAGAUCCCGAAAUCCUCGACGAACGCCUGCCUGAAUCCUCGGAUGAAAUUGAUGAACGGGUCCGACGUCUUCGAUGCAGCGUCUUGACUGUCAAUCUUCUCUGCUUGCAAAGAGUACUGGAGAACGAGUCUGUCGCCAACUUGUCCUUGCCACUAUCUUCAUCGGGAGGGGUUUUCUCUCUCGAAAACGAUUGCGCGUCAAGAUUUUCCUUGUCGAGGGAGUCUGCGACUUCGUCAUUCGACUUCCUUUUGAAUUGUCAAAAGAUGUUGGGAGAAGACCUCGUUGUUGGUGUGCGUGGCGACAGUGGAGGCAUUUCCGUUGACCUGUACUCAGCAAUCAUCGAGUCCUUAACUGUCCUCUCAGCUAUCCUCGUGGAGGUUGUCAAUCAAAAUGAACUGGACGGGUCAAAGUUGAUUUCGCUAUCAGCCCGUUGCUCCGAUUUUGCCACGAAUCUACGUGGCGUCUUCUGCAGCUUUCCACCCCAGAAGAAGGCUCUCUUCUCAAGGACUUUGCUCCUCGUCACACAGGCUCUGCCGAUGUUGGCACGACGCGCCGCGGCAACGCACUUCCUAUUGCUGGUCCAAGGUGUUGUAGAAAGCGAUGACGAUAAGGAGGAAUCACAUUCGAAAGGUGAAAACUUUGCCGUGGCAACUUUUACGCAAUGUGUUGUCACUUUUGAGAAAUGGUUACGCUCAGAUACUUUGUCAUGGGCGAUGCUUCAAGUACCAGAUGCGGAAGAACACGAAACUACAGGAAAUGAUGAAGAGGUGCCCAGCAAAAACGACGAGACACGCAGUAUUGCUAGCAAAGGUUCUGUGCUUUCAAACGAGCACUCUGCCCGCACAAAGGGCGUGCCAGCUGUAGUCACGAUCACUUUGGAAAGCACCCCCCACAACCGCGGUGCGCACGUAAACCCAAAUGCGCUGCUCCCGCUGAAGACAAAGGAGAUGUGGAGCUGGGCAUGCUCCGGUUCCCUUCAGGCCUUGGAAUGUACUUGGACUCCUGUGCUUUCAUCGACGGGGCCGGAGUUUGAUUUCCCUCUCAUCACACCGUGCAUCGAACGCAGCCUGCACAGGAGAGUUCUCGAGCAGACCUCCGCCACCAAGGCGUUGGGUCGGGUUUUCAUGGAACGCAGCUCUUCAAAAUCUAUUGGUGAAUCUGGAUCUGAAGGAGGCAAAACACGACAACACAUUCUCGUUGAAGCCUUCCCCAGCUGUGCCAAGUCACGGCUAAUCUCCCUCGCAAGCCGCAUCAUCACAGCGACAGAUGCUUCGAUCAAACAGUUGGAUUACUUCUUUCGGCUGCCUACAAGAGAUACUUCGCUACUUAGUUUCGUGGAAGCACUGAUAACAGUGUUGGCCUGGGUUACGACCUAUGGCCAAAAGGAGGAUCUUGUGGUGGGAAUUCGAAAGUGGUACAUAGAAGAGGGCGACAAGCGAGAUUCAGAGGAAGACAAGUUAUCCAAGGGAUUCUCCAGGUUGAUGUUCAAGAUCGAAAAACUUGAAGCUGGUCUUCGUAAACUCCACAAUCUCUUGUUGAGCCUGAACAAGUCAGCUUCUGCUGGGUCUACAAAACGAAUGAAGAUGGUCGACAAACUCAUUGAUUCUCUCUUUGGGCAGGGACCACAGGGACCAGAACAAGGAAUAUCCAUUGCAGCUCUGGUGGAACGAAAGGUGCAACUCUUGAUCGAGAAUCAGGUCGAGUCCAGAAAGAAACGAGGCACUGUUGCUCAACCUGGAUCCAGUAAUACGCGAAAGCGACGGAAAACGAGGCACGAGAAGCCAAUUCGCAGCAGAAAUCAAACGGUAGACAAGUGGCUACAAAGCGAUAAGAAUCUAGAAGAUGACGCCUACGAGGACGAGGCCUUUCUGGAUUUGGAGGACUUUAUCGCGGAUGGGUGAUCAUGGUGACUUCACAUACGGCUAAUGUUGUCCUAACUAAUGCUGUUUUCAAUUGCUUCUUCUAGCUAGCUGGUAGCUACCUAAUCGGAGUAGUGCUGGAAGCUAUAAACACUUUGAAUUGCUUUGUCCCA